AACAAAUCGAGAUGGAUGCUUUAUAAAAGCCAUGUUUAGUUUGACACUGCAGAUUGCAAAGCUUUGCUGGGCAACAUAAUAGGCACUCCGCAGCUACAUGGCAGCUUCUUUUUCUAACUAUCCCAAAAUGGACAUAACAAUAGAUACCACAGAAGGCCAAAGAAUAUGUAUGCUUUUUUAUGUUACAUUUACUGAAGAAAAUGUAAUAAAGUACAAAAAGAAAAUUGAGGAUUUUCACAAAAUUGGAAUUUGUUGGAAGCAACCCAUUCUAGUCUCAAAAACGCGAAUUCUUGGUGAUCCAAUGACAUACACAAAGUACAUCAAAUCGAAAUCAGCUAACGUACUAGCUGUAGAAGAAGUGAAAGUAGUGAAUAAAUUAGACUCAACAUAUCCAUUAAACUUGCUUCAUAGAUGAAGUCUUUCUUCCUGAAGAUUCGCAGAACGACGUGAUCUACCAAGCUCAAGAAACAAGCACGAAAGAUAUACUCUACACUGUUUCUAACGUCACGCGUAUUUUGGAUCAUAGGUUGUCAGUAUCGUUUACUAAAUGGCAUGCAACAAGCAGACUUUCUUAUUUGUAGAUGAAUUUAGAAAACUCAAUCUUUGCAAAAGAAAGUUAUUUGUCAUGCGCGAAGGAUAUUAUGAUAAUUCUAAAGAAUAGCCAUUAAUAUGUAAAUUGAAAAUAUAUAAUAAACGUUCAUACGUGUUGUAUAGAAAACCAUGUGGAAGCAAUAAUCACAUAUCUUCCAAAAUACCAGGCAACAAUCAAGCAAUUAGAACCCGACAAGUAUGACGGUUUUGGUCCAUCAGCUAUUUAGGUCAGAACAAUCGUAAACAGAAACGGCUGGAGCAGAAGAAGCUCUCAAAUGAAAAAAAAA